AUGGUAGCUGGAUUCCAAGAACAAAUGUCCCAGGACAGAUUUGGUGAAAACAAGGACCCCUUCCCCAUAAAAAUGCACACACACAAAAUUUUGCGUAGUUUCACGGGACUCAUGGACUAUCAAAAAUCCAUCCGAGGAUCUGAUUUUCAGAACCCUGGAAUGAGUGUGGAAGAGUGGAGGCUCUGGAGCCAGACGACCCAGUUUCGAUCCAGGUUCCAUCCUUCUCACCCGCUGAGUAACCUCGAGAGGUCACUCCGCUUUGUGCCUGUUUUCCUACUAUGUAUGAUGAAGAUAAUGCUGUACCUAACCAAAAGAAUACCACAAAACCCAAGGUAUCAGCAUAUCAAGUCAAGACUGGAUACUGGUAACAGCAUGACUAAAUACACUGAGAAGCUAGAAGAGAUCAAAAAAAAUUACAGAUACAAAAAAGAUGAGCUUUUCAAGAGACUGAAAGUUACAACUUUUGCCCAGCUGGUCAUCCAGGUUGCUUCCCUAUCUGAUCAAACACUGGAAGUGACAGCUGAAGAGAUUCAAAGGCUAGAAGACAAUGAUUCUGCGACUUCGGAGCCCGAUGGGGAAGUCAGUGCCAGGACCAACGGGAAGGGGAGCCCCGGGGAGCAGUCGCCAAGCCCUGUCCAGUCCACAAACAGCGCGGGAGCCGGGGAUUCCAGUCGCUCGACUCUGCAGAGCGUCAUCAGUGGUGUUGGGGAACUGGAUCUAGACAAAGGGCUAGUGAAGAAAGCCGAGCCCAACACCAAAGACCGACCUUAUCCCGACUGCCCCUUCCUGCUGCUAGAUGUGCGAGACAGAGAUUCCUACCAACAGUGCCACAUCGUUGGAGCUUACAGUUACCCCAUCGCAACUCUGUCUAGGACAAUGAACCCUUAUUCAAAUGACAUUCUUGAAUACAAAAAUGCUCACGGCAAGAUCAUCAUUCUGUACGACGACGAUGAGAGGCUGGCCAGCCAGGCGGCCACCACCAUGUGUGAGCGGGGAUUUGAGAACCUCUUCAUGCUUUCCGGAGGUCUAAAAGUCUUAGCUCAGAAAUUCCCAGAAGGACUGAUUACGGGUUCCCUGCCAGCAUCUUGCCAGCAGCCCCUUCCUUCUGGCUCUGCCCGGAAACGAUCCAGCCCCAAGGUGCCGCCUCCACCAGCUGAGAAUAAAUGGAGAUUUACCCCAGAAGACUUGAAAAAGAUAGAAUAUCACCUGGAAGAGGAGCAGGGUCCUACGGACCAUCCUAGCCGGCUGAGCCAAGCUAAUGCCUCCGGAAGAGACUCCAAGGUUCCAGGCACCCGCAGCGGUCAGAACCCGCCCGCCAGGGGCCCUGGUGGCCCCCCGAAUCCCCGCUCGCUCAGCAGUGGCCACCUGCAAGGCAAACCCUGGAAGUAA